AUGUUGAGGAUACGCGAGCUCCAAAAGAAAAGACAAGAGGAAGAAGCAGCGGCUGCUGCUGCCGCAGCAAAUCCAAUGUCACCCACGUCUUCAUCAACGUCAUCCUCCUCCAACAACAGUAACAACAACGCGUUUUCAUCAUCAUCCAAAGUUAGCGCCGCUCAACUACGUGUCCAAAAAGACAUUACCGAAUUGGAUUUACCCAAAAGCAUCAAACUCACAUUCCCCAAUACCGCUGAUUUCUUUAACUUUGAUUUACAAAUCAUACCACAAGAUGGUUAUUACAAGAAUGGCAAAUUUAAAUUCAAGAUUGAAAUCGGAUCAAAUUUCCCCAUUGAACCACCGAAAAUCAAAUGCUUGAACAAGAUUUAUCACCCCAAUAUAGAUCUUGAUGGCAAUAUAUGUCUCAAUAUAUUGAGAGAAGAUUGGUCGCCCGUAUUAAGUUUGAAUUCGGUGUUGAUUGGAUUGAAUUUCUUGUUUUUGGAACCAAACCCUAAUGAUCCAUUAAAUAAGGAGGCAGCAAAUAUGUUGGUUAAAGAUAAGAAUCAAUUUGAAAGAAACGUUACUACAUCAAUGAGAGGCGGAUAUAUCUCGCUGGUGCAUUACGAUCGAGUAAUAUAG